AUGGCGCACCAGACAGCGGAAGUUCUUCGUCGCGUGCCGACAGAGGAACUCCUCAAGGAACUGGAACGAAGGGAGGCAACACGAGGAACCAACAAGCAGCAGCAGCAGCGACUUGUGCUGAUUGGACCUCCUGGAAGCGGCAAGGGGACGCAAGCCUCUUUCUUGAGGGAGCGACUCUGCUUAUGUCAGUUGGCAACCGGUGACCUUUUGCGGAAUGCUGUUGCUCAAGGCACAGAGCUCGGAAAGGAAGCGAAGAAAGUUAUGGAGGCAGGUGGCCUCGUAAGCGAUCAAAUCGUGCUGGGACUGGUUCGUGAGAACCUCCGCAGACCAGAGUGUAAGAACGGUUUCAUCCUAGAUGGAUUUCCGAGAACACUGGAGCAGGCUCGGAAGCUGGAUGAACUGCUUGCCACUGACGGUAUCGGACCCUUGAGCGCUGUGCUGAACUUCGCCGUUCCAGAUGAACUGCUGAAGCGUCGGAUUCUUGGGCGAUGGGUCCAUCCGGCGAGUGGACGGACGUAUCAUGAAGAGUUUCACCCGCCAAAGGUGCCCAUGCGAGACGAUGAAACUGGUGAACCGCUGGUGCAACGCUCUGACGAUCAGCCGGAUGUGCUCGUGAAGAGACUAGCGGCCUUCCACGCCAGCACGAAACCGGUGCUCGAUUACUACGAAAAACGAGGUAUUCUGCAUCAGAUCGAUGCGAGCAAAAGUAUACCGCAAGUACGCCAGCAGCUUAGUGAAGUCCUGAGCGUUGAUCUAUCCGAUAACACGGAACGCGCAGAGGCCAAUGGCUGA